GCGUCCCGGGGCGUUAGCGCUGCCGCGCGCCCGCGGCGAGCGGUUUUCGCCAUGAUGAACAUGGGAGGCAUGGGAGGCAUAGGAGGCGACUCCAUGCAGAGCCAAGCAGUGAUGCCCAUGGGAAAUGGCAUGGGUGGUGGCAUGGGCGGCUGCAUGGGUGGCAUGGGUGGCAUGGGUGGCGGUAUGGGUGGUGGCAUGGGAGGUGGUAUGGGCAUGAUGGGCAAGGGUGGCAUGAUGGGCAAAGGCGGCAUGGGGAUGGGAUGCAUGGGCAAAGGCAUGGGCUGCAAAGGCCCCAUGGGCCCCAUGGGGAAGGGCAUGAUGGGCAUGGGCUGCAUGGGCAAGGGCGAUGCCUGGGGUGGCAAGGGCUGGGGUGGAGACAUGAGCAUGAAAGGCAAAGCCAAAGGAAAGGGUAAGAUCUCCGCCCGGAUUGCUUCUGGAGAGCCUUUCUAUGUGGGCCAGCUGAGGAAAUACGAUGCGGAUCGAUCUGCUGGUUCUAUCGCCUGCAAGGAGGUCUACCAGAUGUGCGGCCAAGAGGUCUAUGCCCACAAGUCCGUGCUCGAGCAGAGACAGAUGGGCGUAGGCGACACCAUCGUCUUUUUGCUCCACUGGAAUUCACGGGGCCAGCCGCAGUGCUCCUUGGAGUCUCUCAGACUUCACAGCAAGGUGCAAGGGAGCUAUGCCUUGAAGGGCACCGUGAAAUUGACUGAUGCUGAGAAAGGCUUCGUUUUUGUGGACUGUCCCGAGGCCUUGAGCCCGGCUCGAAAAGACUUGCGCUGCCCACGCUCUUUCGUUGACGGAGCGCGUCCCGAUCUCGGGCCGCUCCUGGUCUUCACCUUCCUCGUAUUCGCCGAGCUCUACGGUGCCUUCACCUUCAACUACGGCGUACCGCGAGAGAAGCCGCUCUCGGGACCGCGCGACUGGUGGGCAGAGCUCUUCGGCCUGGACAUCGCCUACGGCACCAGCUGCUGGUUCGAGCUCUACUUCCGGGACUUUGACACCAGGGACUCCUACAGCAUCCACUCGGACUUUGACUACUACCCAACGACUCUACUUUGUGGAUUGCGACUUGCUUCUUUUCCUGCUGGAAACAAGGAGAUCGGUCUCAACGCCUGGAAGAAACUGAUCUUGGAUUCACCGGCACUGGGUCCUCGACGUCUUUUCACUUUAGAAGAUCUUGGAUUGACCGUGGAGCAAUGGAGAAUCGUCAAACAGCAGAGACAGUUCCUGGAUGGGACGGAGAUCCUAGAGGAUGGAGAAGGUAUCAAAGAGAGGCUCCUUGCGAUGGGAUGGUCUCAACAAGACUUUCAAGGUGUUGAUGCCGUCAACCAGUACCUGAAGAAGCUGAGCAAGUCACCGCUGGUGAGACGCAAGCUGCCCAACACUGAGUUUGUGGAGGCACUUCACUUGCUGAAACAGGAGAAGGAUGGUGCAAUGGAUGAGGUCUUCAUCCCACCCUUGGAUGAGGAAGAAACGCAGAGCCCUACACCUAAGGAGAAGUCCGACUACAAGCCGGUUCCUGCAGAAGAUCCUGAUGAUCCUGCACGACAGCCUGCGGCUGCUGGAGCUCAACCUACAUCGUCUACUUCGCCUACUUCGAGCAUGGACUCCUUCAUCCUGGAGCAACUACGUGGAUGGCGACUUCUAAUGGCUGCUGCUCUUUCACCAUCAAUUUGCUGA